AUGUCGCAAUUCACUGAUAUCGACAGACUAGCUAUCUCUACCAUCAGACUGCUGUCCGUAGACCAAGUGGCCGCAGCCAACUCGGGCCACCCAGGUGCGCCGCUCGGGCUAGCGCCCGCGGCGCACGUCGUGUGGAAACAGCUCAAACUCAACCCACAACAGCCGGAAUGGAUCAACCGCGACCGUUUCGUGUUGUCCAACGGCCACGCGUGUGCAUUGCUGUACUCAAUGCUGCACUUGUCCGGGUUCGACUUCAAGAUCGAGGACCUCAAGAACUUCCGUCAGCUGGGCUCCAAGUGUCCAGGCCACCCAGAAUUCGAAUUGCCAGGCGUCGAGGUCACCACCGGCCCAUUGGGUCAAGGUAUCUCCAACGCGGUCGGUCUGGCGCUCGCCCAGGCCAACUUCGCCGCCACUUACAAUAAGCCAGAGUACACCCUCAGCGACUCGUACACGUUUGCGUUCCUCGGUGACGGGUGUCUCCAAGAAGGCGUUGCCUCCGAAGCUUGCUCUUUGGCAGGCCAUCUCAAACUCGGCAACUUAAUCGCCGUGUACGACGACAACCAGAUCACUAUCGACGGUAACACCAACGUCUCCUUCACCGAAGACGUGGCCAAGCGCUACGAAGCGUACGGCUGGGAAGUGCUCUACGUCGAAAACGGUAACGAGGACCUCGACAGCAUCGCCGAAUGUAUCGCCCAGGCCAAGCAGUCCAAGGACAAGCCCACCUUGAUCAAGAUGACCACCACCAUCGGUUUCGGCUCUUUGCAAGCCGGUACCCACUCCGUCCACGGUUCCCCUUUGAAGCCUGACGAUGUCAAGCAGCUCAAGACCACAAUGGGCUUCGACGCCGAACAAUCCUUCGUCGUGCCUCAAGAGGUUUACGACCUGUACAACACCCAGAUCAUCCAACCCGGUGUCAAGCAAUACAACGAGUGGACUCAAUUGCUCGAACAAUACUCCAGCAAGUACCCUGAGCUAGCUGCUGAGGUCACCAGAAGAAUCUCCGGCGAACUACCUCAAGACUGGGAGAAAACUUUGCCAGCUUUCACUCCUAAGGACUCCCCAGUGGCCACCAGAAAACUUUCCGAAAUCGUUUUGCAAAACAUUCAAGGUGCUUUGCCCGAAAUGAUCGGUGGUUCUGCCGAUUUGACCGGUUCCAAUUUGACCAGAUGGAAGGAAGCUGUGGAUUUCCAACCACCUUCUUCCGGUCUAGGUGACUACGCCGGUAGAUAUAUCAGAUACGGUGUUAGAGAACACGGUAUGGCCGCCAUCAUGAACGGUAUUUCCGCUUUCGGUGCCAACUACAAGGCUUACGGUGGUACUUUCCUAAACUUUGUGUCCUACGCGUCCGGUGCCGUUAGACUCUCCGCUUUGUCUGGUCACCCAGUGAUCUUCGUGGCCACCCACGACUCUAUCGGUCUAGGUGAAGAUGGCCCAACCCAUCAACCUAUUGAAACCUUGGCUCACUUCAGAGCUUUGCCAAACAUGCAAGUAUGGAGACCAGCUGACGGUAACGAAGUCUCGGCCUCUUACAAGGUUGCCCUAACUUCCAAGCACACCCCAGCUAUCAUCGCUUUGUCCAGACAGAACUUGCCUCAAUUGGAAGGUUCCAGUAUUGAAAAGGCUGCCAAGGGUGGUUACGUUCUACAAGAUGUGGAAAACGCCGACAUCACUUUGGUCUCUACCGGUUCCGAAGUUUCCAUCACCGUGGAUGCUGCUAAGAAAUUGGCCGAAAAGAACGUCAAGGCUCGUGUUGUCUCUCUGCCAGACUUUUACACUUUUGACCAACAGUCCGAAGAAUACCAGUUGUCUGUUUUCCCAGAUGAUAUUCCAAUUAUGUCUAUCGAAGUCUUGUCCACUUCUGGCUGGUCCAAGUAUGCUCAUGAAUCGUUUGGUCUAGACAGAUUUGGUGCUUCCGGUCCUGCUCCAGAAAUUUACAAGACUUUCGAAUUCACCCCAGAGGGCAUUGCCACCAGAGCUGAAAAGACUAUUGCUUUCUACAAGAACAAGCAAGUCAUUUCUCCUUUGCACAAGCCUUUCUAA